CAUAUAUUGCCAAUUUUUUUUUUAAAGGAAGAACUCACUCGCAUGGGUGAAAUUGAGAACUCUCUGACGAUCUUUGUAAUGGCUACUUAUGGUGAAGGUGAUCCUACAGACAAUGCACAAGAGUUCUAUGAAUGGCUUCAGAAUGACCGGGAUGACUUAGAUUGCCUUAAUUACACAGUAAGCAUGUACUUGCAUAUGUAGAAAUUAAUAAAUUGUAUAAACCAAACCAAGCUUUUAAGUAGAGCUUGUGCUGAAAUACUAGCUAUCCACUUAAAGCAGUAAACUUUUAUCCAUUGCAAUGGUGGUAAAUACCUCCGACUCAAAAAUUUAAGACCUUGAGUUUGUGAUCCAAUGAAAAAGUAUCAAGUGGUGUGCAGUCUGUUUCAAACAAUAUGAGACUGUGAUGGAAAAUGUACCUGAGUGUGCAGAACCCCGGAAACGCAUUCCACUAGCGAUAUGUGUUCCCCUACCUGAAAAAACAAAUGGGUCAUGAGGGAACACGUAUCACUGAGACAUCACAGUAACAUGUGUUUGCCUGUAGUAUCUGUGUUCCCCUUAACACAUAUCCCUAGUAGAAUGUAUUUUUCCUACCCAGCAACAAUUCCAAGUGAUAUGCACUUCUCUUCCUGGGAUAUACAUAUAACCAGUGAUAUGCAUUAAUCCCUACCCGGGAAACACAUUCCACUAGAGAAAUCUGUUCUCCUACUCGGGAAACACAUAUCCCUAGUGAUAUGUGUUCCCUUACCUUGGAAACACAUAUCCCACAUACCCCUGUGGAUAUGUGUUUCCCCGGAAACAGAACACAUAUCACUAGGGAUAUGUGUUUCCUGGUUAAGGGAACACAUAUCACUAGGGAUAUGUGUUUCCUGGGUAGGGGAACCGGAUCACCAGGGAUAUGUGUUUCUUGGGUAGGGGAACACAUAUCACUAGGGAUAUGUUUUUCCUGAGUAGGAGAACACAUAUCACUAGGGAUAUGUUUUUCCUGAGUAGGGGAACACAUAUCACUAGGGAUAUGUUUUUCCUGAGUAGGGGAACACAUAUCACUAGGGAUAUGUUUUUCCUGAGUAGGGGAACACAUAUCUCUGGUGAUAUGUGUUUCCCUACCAAGGAAUCGCAUAUCCCUAGUCAUAUGUGUUCCCCUACCCAGGAAACACAUAUACCUAGUGAUACGUGUUACCCUACCCAGGAAACACAUAUCCCUAGUGAUAUGUGUUUCCUGGGUAGGGGAACACAUAUCAGUAGGGAUAUGUGUUUCCUGAGUAGGGAAACACGUAUCACUAGUGAUAUGAGUUUCCUGGGUAGGGGAACACAUAUGACCAGGGAUAUGCGAUUCCUGGGUAGGGGAACACAUAUCACCAGAGAUAUGUGUUUCCUGGCAAGGGGAACACAUAUCACUACGGAAAUGUGUUUCCUGGGUAGUGGAACAUGUAUCACUAGGGAUAUGUGUUUCCCGAAGGGGAACACUUAUCACUAGGAAUAUGUGUUUCCUUCAUAGGGGAUCAGUUAUCACUAGGGAUAUGUGUUUGCUGGCAAGGGGAACACAUAUCACUAGGGAUAUGUGUUUCCUGAGUAGGGGAACACGUAUCACUAGGGAUAUGUGUUUCCUGGGUAGGUGAGCACAUUUUACUAGGGAUAUGUGUUUCUUAAGUAAGGGAACACCUAUCACUAGGGAUAUGUGUUUCCUUGGUAGGGGAACACAUAUCACUACCAAGGAAACACAUAUCACUAGGCAUAUCACUAGGGAUAUGUGUUAUGUGUGGCUCCCAGACCCCUCACCUGGUGCUGCGCCUUUGUCUCCCAUGCUGCCUACUUUCUCUUAUUCUCCUACUACUUUAACUGUUUUUGACAAUCCUGCUUAUUAUGUAUAACCCAAAGCAGAUGGGUUUUCCAUGGUUUAUAGGUGGGAUUCCUAGGAAUGGUUUUUAUAAAGCAGCUUGUAGUUUUUUAAGCAGCAUGAAUUCACUAUCAUGUUGAUCUGAGAAUAACAUUUUGGUCUGUAUUUUCAGGUGUUUGGACUUGGGAACAAAACGUAUGAACACUACAAUGCUAUGGGCAGAUUUGUGGACAAAAGGCUUGAAGAAAUGGGAGCAAACAGGGUGUUUGAAAAAGGAGAAGGAGACGAUGAUGGAAAGUGA